AUGGCGACGGAGAAGGAGACUGAAGACUUACGGCUUCAACGUACAGGAGAACCGAGUCUCCAAGGGUCGGUACCCUUGGGCAAUGAUGAUCCCAGUCCACAGGGGAAACAGCAAAAAGGAUUGAGGCUUCCUCAACAUCCAACUGAUGCAGCCAACAUGGCUAGGGUGGUGCCACUGGUGACGGGAGGGCUUUGUCACAAUGGUAAUGGUCGACGAGCAGAUACCAGGGCUCAUGCGCAAGACAUGGAAGAAGGCAAGGAAGAAGAAAAUAUUGCGAUUCCCUCCUUAGAAGAGAAUAUUGUGAUUCCCUCGGAAGAAGACCAGCAACGCCAAGAGAACAGUGAAGGCCAUCUGCAGGAGGACAAAGUGCAAGAACCAGAUAAUGAUAGUAUUGGUACAGACGACAACAGACAAGAUAGUACUGGGAAUGCUCACACAGGCGAUCGGGAAAGUGUUCCAGGGGCAGUACCCUCGGGAAAUGAUGCUCCCAGUCCACAGGGGAAACAGCAAAAAGGACUAAGACGCCCUCAACAGCCAACUCAUGCUGCCAAUACUUCACGAAUGACGCCACUGGUCAAGGGAGGGCUUCGUCGCAAUGGUAAUGGUCGACGAGCAAAUGCAAGGGCAACCCCUGUGCAAGAAGGACAGCCAUCGGGAGACAUCGAGGAAGGCAAGAGACAAGAAGAAGAUGUCCUCAAUGUUACAUCCAAUGAGUAUCGGCAGGAAAUUUUUCAUGGCGAAGAAAAGCAGCAACCAGAAGAUGAUGUGGAUAUCGCGAGUGGACAGGAGGAUCGUGGAUUCAAUAAUGACGAGGGAAAUCCUCACUUGGCUGUUGCCUAUCUGGUGGACGAAGAGGACGAUGGCGAAAAGAAGGACGAGGAUGAAAGUAAGGAUGAUGAUGACAAGGUUGAAAUAGUUGUGGCUGCACCUGUCAGGCAAUCCUAUUUCUGGCGGGCCGUGGCCAUCUUGGCUCUCAUGUUGGCGAUCUUGGCUAUCGUCCUCGGAGUUUUGCUUAGCCCAGGGGCCAAAAUCCAAAUCCAUUCUCCACAACUUCUGCAAACCCGUCGCCUAAACCCUCAGUGGCACCAACAGGUGCUCCCUCCGUGGGUCCAACGGCUUCUGCAAUGCCGUCAUCAGAUCCGUCAAUGUUGCCCAGUCCAGUUCCAAGCCAAAGUCCUUCAUUUCCAGGUUUGUCCACACAAGGUUGCCUCUGGAGGCUCCAAUUUUUCAUCAUCCCUUUCUAACAGCGGGCGCCAUUUGCAUCCACACUUUAUAUUGUUAGCUGUGAACAGCUUUGCUGAACUCAAGGCAGCCGUAGAUUCUGGUUUGUACAGUUUUGAGGAAUCUCAAUACGGAGCCAUUGAGCUCUGGGACAUCAGUCGAGUUCUCUCUCUGCAGGGCCUUUUCUUGGACAAGGAGAACUUCAAUGAAGAUAUCAGCUCAUGGGAUACCAGUGGUGUUACCAGCCUAUAUGAAACCUUCAAGGGUGCAAUUUCUUUCAAUGGUGAUGUCAGUUCAUGGGAUACCAGCCAAGUCACAACAAUGUACUCUACCUUCUAUGGCGCAACUUCUUUCAACGGGAAUAUCAGUGCAUGGGUCAUAAGUAGUGUCACAGACCUGCAAGGUUGUUUUAACCAGGUCACUUCCUUCAAUGGUGAUAUUGGGUCUUGGGAUACAAGUGCAGUGGCAGAUAUAACAGCAACGUUCAAAUCAUCUUAUUUUAAUGGUGAUGUCAGUUCCUGGGAUACCCGCAGUGUGACAAGCUUGCGGCAAACCUUCAGUUAUGCUACAUUUUUCAAUGGCGAUCUCAGUUCCUGGAAUACAACUAGUGUCACAAGCUUGCUUAAUGCCUUCACUGGUGCAACCUCCUUCAAUCGUAAUCUCAGUUCCUGGGAUACCAGCAAGGUCUCAAAUCUUCAUCAAACUUUCAAUGGUGCAACCUCUUUCAAUGGUGAUCUGAGUAGAUGGGAUACAAGCAGGAUCACAACCAUGUAUGAAACCUUCAAGGGUGCAACCUCCUUCAAUGGUGAUCUCAGCUCAUGGGACACAAGUAGCGUCGGGAGCUUUAUAGGUUGUUUCAAUAGGGCAAAUUCCUUUAAUGGCGAUAUCAGCUCUUGGGAUGUGAGUGCAGUUACAAGUAUGGAUGCAAUGUUUAAGCUCUCCUGGUUCAAUGGGGAUAUCAGUUCCUGGGAUACCAGUCGUGCAAGAAACUUUGGUCAAGUUUUCUAUGGUGCAGCCUUUGACGGUGAUCUCAGUGCAUGGAAUACUAGCAGUGUUACAACCAUGGAAGGAACAUUCUUUGGAGCGACUUCUUUCAACGGUGAUCUUUCCAACUGGGAUGUUGCAUCUGUAGUGAACUUUCACAGUAUGUUUGAAGGUGCUUCUUCAUUUGAAAAUGACUUGUGUGCUUGGGGUACCAAGAUCAGAGGAACACCUCGUGUCACCAAUAUGUUCACUAGAACAUCCUGUCCCGAAGAGGCAACAGGCACAGACUUGGGAGCAACUCCUAGAGGCCCCUUCUGCCAUUUCUGUCCAUAA